GAUUGAUACUUCAGCUCGUCUCGUCUUUUACAGUCAGAUGGAGAGUUUGGAAAAAAAGAGUCAGUUCCUUGAUUUGCAGACAGAGAGCAACAUGGAACAGCCAUUUACUGUUAGCUCCCUGAAAAAGCUAGUAGCUAUUCCUGACCAUACAGACAUCUCUGUGACCCCAGAGGAGAGAGUACGUGCCUUGAGCAAACUUGGCAGCAAUAUCACAAUCAAUGAAGAUAUCACUCCCCGUCGUUACUUUAGAUCUGGAAUUGAGAUGGAACGAAUGGCAUCCAUAUAUCUGGAGGAAGGCAACCUGGAAAAUGCUUUUGUCUUUUAUAAUAAGUUCAUAACCUUGUUUGUAGAAAAGCUGCCCAGUCACCGAGACUAUCACCAAUGUGCAGUACCGGAAAAACAAGAUAUUUUUAAGAAAUUGAAGGAAGUUGCAUUCCCAAGGACAGAUGAAUUGAAGAAGGAUCUUUUAAAAAAAUAUAACUUAGAAUAUCAAGAAUAUAUGCAAAACAAAAACAAAUGUAAAGCUGAAUUUCUGAGGAAAUUGGAGCAGCAACGGCUAAUAGAGGCAGAGAAGAAACGAAUCGCACAUAUGCGGCAACAGCAGCUUGAAUCCGAACAGUUCCAGUUCUUUGAGGAUCAACUUAAGAAGCAAGAAUUAGCUCGAGAUCAGAAAAUUAAAGAGACCAUGGUUAUGUCUGAACAGAUAGAUGGAAGCAUGCUGUCCUGUAUUUCUGCACCUCAGAACAGUUCUUUAUCUAACACAUUGAUUGAGAAAAAAGAGAUGAGUAGCACAUCAGGCUGUGCUGGACAUUCACCUGCACUAAAUCAGGCCCUAAAGCCAGCAGCUGCUUUAAGUGCUGUUCAGACUCAAUUGGCUGAAGCACUCAGAGGUGUAAUUUUACCCAGGGAUCUCUGUCACAAAUUUCUGCUGCUAGCAGAGACAAAUACAGUGAGAGGAAUAGAGACAUGCGGAAUUCUCUGUGGAAAACUGACACACAAUCAAUUUACUAUUACCCAUGUAGUAGUGCCAAAGCAGUCUGCAGGUCCAGACUACUGCGACAUGGAGAAUGUGGAAGAAUUAUUUGGUGUUCAGGACCAGUAUGAUCUCCUUACUUUGGGGUGGAUCCAUACACAUCCAACACAAACUGCAUUCUUAUCCAGUGUCGAUCUUCAUACUCAUUGUUCUUAUCAGCUAAUGUUACCAGAGGCCAUUGCAAUUGUUUGUUCACCAAAGCAUAAUGACACUGGCAUCUUCAGACUUACUAACACUGGCAUGCUUGAAGUUUCUGCUUGUAAAAAGAAGGGAUUUCACCCACAUACAAAGGAGCCUAGGCUAUUUAAUCCAUGCACGCAUGUGGUCGGGAAAGACAUCAAGAUAAUUGUGCUGGAUCUGAGGUGAUACAGAUGGACAAUAGUGGCCACUACUAGGUGAGUGGCCAAAAAUUAAAAAAUGGCUUCCAGUUUUCAUAUGUUUUCAGAAAUGACUUUUAUAUUUAUACAUUUUGGAUUGAAUGUUUGAUAUUUAUUGACCAUUUUGGAGUUACUUUGUUGCUCUGUCAAGAUGGAGUUCAGUGACAGCCCUGCAACUCUAAAUGUAUCUCAAUAAUACAACAGCACAAUAAAAUGAACAUCACACAACUGUAA